AUGAAGCUUAAGCGUUUAAAUAGUUUUGAUGACUUUCAAAGAAAUUUACUAUUCAAAUUAUCGCGAUCCAAAUUAGAUUCAAAAAAAGAGAAUAUUUUAAUCAAGUAUUUGCUUAAAUUUUUUCGAAGUAAAACCAAAAAUCACAGGCAUCAACAAUAUUAUUUCAAGAAUUCUACUCAAUUUUUGCGAUUCUUUGCUGGAAUCGUACAUUAUUGUCCAAAGAUAAUUUUAGAUCAACUUGUUGAUUCGAAUUUUGUUAAACGAUAUCACACCGUUCUGCUUUUGAAAUCUGUUAUCAGUUUUUUAGCCUAUUGAUUCUGAAACAUUAUUCAAUCGACAUCAUAUUUUUAUCAAAAAUCAAUCAAUCAUCCGAAUAUUCUCAUUUUGUAUUGGCAUCUCUUGUAAAUUGCUUCUCGGAUGAAA